UCUUGAGAGAAGAGAGAACACAGUCGGUCAUCUAGCAGGAGGCAGCAGAGAGAGCAAGAGGAUGGGACGCCAAGCCUUCUGGGGAUUCUGCCUCUUGGCCUGCUUGACUGGGAGCUCCUUGGUGGAAGGAUCACCCAAAAUCCAGGCUCGAGCCAAGUGUCCCAAUCAGGCCGUUUAUUAUCGACUGCAAUGCUAUCACCCAAUUUAUAGGGUCCUCACCUGGGACGACGCAGAGAUUGAGUGCCAACACCUGAGGAGUGGAGGCCACCUGGCCACUUUUCGGACUGCUGCUGAGGAAAGAAUUGUCUCCUCCCACAUCAGGCGCACCAGCACCGCCACAAAUGCCUGGAUUGGGAUGCACGCUGUGCAAGAGAACAAUAAACUCAACUGGCAAUGGAGUGACGCAACCCCCUACACCCCAGGAGAUGCCCUCUGGGACAACAGAACCCCCAGCAGCACCACUUCCAGCUCUCAGUGCAUCUAUGUCACCAACAUCCAGAGUCCAGGAAACUCAGCCAGGUGGACGCAGUUCACCUGUCACAGUGUCCUGCCCUCCAUCUGCAAGUACAAAGCUACCCUCUAGGCCUAACCAGCCACAGAGGAGACAAGCAGACGGCCUCUUCCUCAUUGGGGAGCAUCUACAGCGGCUUCCGCAGCACCCCGAUUCCACGGGAGAUCAACCUCCUGACCCUCCUUGUCCGUCUUCCUCCCAAUCGGACAACCAACCUCACUUCUCUGGUGUGCCCUGGUGCAAAGUUCCUCGCCCUCCUGCGGUUCUUGCUCAUUGUUGAUGGUUGCUAACCUCAAUGCUUUUAAGAUGUUUGUACCUGUGUUUCCCUUCUACUGAAAGCUGCCCAGAGUCACCUGGGACGCUUGGCUGCAUGUAAAUUGAACAAAUAAAUCAAUAGAUGAAUAGCAAA